GCAGUAGGCCCUGGCUCCUUGGCCACCAGGACCCCCUCGCCCCAUGGGGGGAGCAGCAAAGGCGCAAGGGCCAUAGAGACCCCCGCCAGCCCCAGAGGGGUCGGGUCCCUCCUCCGUUCCAGGGUGAAUGGAGCCACGGGAGGGCGAAGGGGAGGGGGAAGGGGGACCAGCGGCUCCUGAUGCAUUGGGGAGCAGCCUGUCCCUGGCAGCCCCCAUAGGGCCCCCCAGCUUCGAGUCGCUGCUCUCGCAGGUGGGGGUGGUGGGGAGGGCCCAGCAGGUGCAGGUGGGCUUGAGCUGCCUGCCCCUGCUGUUCGUGGCCUUGGGUCUGGCCUCAGACCCCAUCCUCACCCUGGUGCCGCCCCUGAGAUGCCGCCAGGCCAAUGCCUCAGGGUGGGAGCCGACCCUCAACGCCAGUGAAGAGGCCUGCUCCCCACCCCCCCCCAACAGCACCCGGUGCCCCCAUGGCUGGGACUACAGUGGUCUCCCUGUGCUCCGUGGCAACAUGGUCACCCAGUGGGAUCUAGUCUGUGAAAGGGGCUGGGAGGUAACGUUGGAGCAGAUCCUCUUCCUCUUGGGCUUUGCCUGUGGCUACCUGGGUCUGGGCCAUCCUACAGACAGGGUAGGACGCCGAGGGGUCGUGCUGCUGGCCUUGGGGCUGGCAGGACCCUGUGGAGUAGGAGGGGCUGCAGCGGGCUCCCCACCUGGUCUCACCGCCCUGCGAUUCCUCUUGGGCUUCAUGCUGGCUGGGGCUGACCUUGGCCUCUACCUGACCCGCCUGGAGUUAUGUGAGCCCUCCCAGCGGCUCCGGGCAAUCCUGGCCGGGGAGCUGAUGGGAGUACUGGGACAGUUUCUGCUCCUGGGCCUGGCUCUGGCCUGCAAGGACUGGAGACUUCUGCUCAGAUUGAUCACAGCUCCCUGUAUUCUCUUCCUGCUCUAUGGCUGGCCAGGUCUGUUCCUGGAGUCUUCGAGGUGGCUGUUGGUGUCUCGGCGGACAACAGAGGCCCAGGCUGUGUUGAGAGUUCUGGCUCAAAGAAACAGGCCUCAUGGGGAACCACUGGGAGAUGAAGCUGAAGAAGCCCUCAGAGAUCUGGAGAACACUUGUCCCCUUCCUGCAACUGCCCAGAUCUCGCUUUCAGCCUUACUCAGCUGUCGAAACAUUUGGAAAAACCUACUUAUCCUGGGCUUCACCACCUUCAUUGCCCAUGGGAUUAGGCACUGCUACCAGCUUGUGGGAGGAGGAGUGGGACGGAAGUCCCAGGUCGACUUCAACCUGUAUUCCCUGCUGGCUGGAGGCACAGCUGGCUUGGCCUGUGUCUUUCUGGGGGUUACCGUUGACCGUUUUGGCCGCCGGGGCAUCCUGCUGCUCACUAUGACCCUCACCGGCAUUGCCUCUCUUGUGCUGCUGGGCCUGAGAGACUAUCUGAACGAUGUGGCCAUCAUCACUUUCUCUGUGCUCGGGCUCUUCUUUGCCCACGCUGCCAGUGUUCUCAGCAUCCUUCUUGCUGCAGAGGUCAUCCCUACAACAGUCCGGGGACGGGGCCUGGGCCUAAUCCUGGCAUUAGGAGCACUAGGCCAGCUGAGUGGUCCAGUGCAGCGGCUCCACGCUGGCCGAGGUGCCUUCUUGCAGCACGUGGUCUUGGCAGCCUGUGCCCUUCUCUGCAUUCUUAGCAUCAUGCUCCUGCCUGAGAGCAAACGCAAGGCCCUUCCAGAGGCCCUUCGGGAUGGGGAACUCUGCCGUCGGCCCUCCUUGCUAAGGCCACCACCCCCAACCCGUUGUGACCAUGUCCCCCUUCUUGCCACACCAACGCCUGCCCUCUGAAUGCUUCGUGUUGGGUCUGCUAACAGGAGAAUGGGGCACUGCCUUCAAAAUGCAGAGGCUGAUAGAUGCCAUGAAGGAGAUGGAAAACACCCUAGCAUGCCAUGCUGGUCAUACAAAGCCCAAGAUAGGCCGAGAGUGGGCUCUUGGGAAGAGGGAAGUCUGGCCACAAAACAUGAGUGAACCUCAUCCAAUAGGAAGAUGGAGUUCCCAAGAAGGCCAUGUGGAAAGUGGAGUUAAGUGCAUCCCAGCCCAUGGGAUGCCACUAUUAGACAAGGGGAGAUCACAAGCCUGCUUCACGUACUCCUCCCUGCUAUUUUGUAGGACCACCCCCCCCCCCCCGCCCAAGACUGGUGUCUGGGGGAGGGAUCAUGGGGUUCUAUACAGCAAUCCCCUAGCAAAGGACACCAAGUGUGGACUGCACUGAGAACAGCAGGUCUCUCUAGUCUCAUCCAGGGAUACCCAGACUUCACACACUGGGGCCUACUACUUAUAUUUCAAUAAAGAAAUUUUAAAUGAAAGAA